UUGCUGAUUUGGUUUGUGUAUAAUGCAGGCGCCAAAGCGUAUUGCCCGAAAAUUAAAAGCAAUUUGAAUGAGUUUUCUAAAUGCAACCAAUACAUAUUUGAAAAAGCAAUAUUGGAUCUAUUUAUAUCACCAGAAUCCUAUCCAUUGGGCACUAUUUCAGACUGCUUUGGCAGUCUAAUGGGGGCAGCGCGACCCAGUGAUAAUGGGUAUUGUAUUAUUGCAAAACAGAUGCACUUGAUGGAGUGUCUAGUUAUAUUUGCCAUACGCAGCAGUAUAGAACCAACUGAAGCAUUUAAAGAGAAAUUGAGCAUUAUUUAA